AUGACUCGUCACGUAUCCGCUAUCAGUGCCUGCACCUGGCUAGCUGCCAUCGUCUGCUUCGUCUUCUGCUGGUCCUUCAGCGACGCCAGCACGCACAUGGAGGACGCCGAGAGGAAAUCUUGGGCGGACGAUGUGGAAGGCAUUCUGAGCGACCCCUACGUCAGCGAGCUGGUCAAUCGGCUGCGCACGCUCGACGACGCAGAAGAAACUGAUCUGGCCCACAAACGCGGGCUGGACUUCGGCCUGGGCCGCGGCUUCUCGGCCACGCAGGCAGCCAAACUCAAGAUGGGCUUGGCGGCGGCGGCCUUCCCGGGCGGACCCGGCCGCCGGCGACGCUCCGCCGAAGCAGCCGCUCCAUCUGUAAACCCCGAUCUCCAUCUGACUUGCCCUGCUCUGCCCCGGCGGUUCCGUGUGGAGCUGACGUGCCAGCUGGAGCGUCCCCCAGGCAGCCUCGGCGGGCUGGAUCCGAUGGUCACGCGGGAUCAGCUGACUCCGGCGAGCCGGGCCGCUUCGGUUCCGUGA